CAGUCUGAAGGGAGCUAUACAAGUGGUAUGCACUAACUAUCACUGGUAUAUUACCGUGGACAUGAACAAAAUACGGCACGUUUACCCAACAGCAAAGGCAUCUGAUAUAUACCUUGGGGAGAAUAAAUGUAAAGGUGUGGAAAAUGGUGACAUUCUGAUAUUUCAACAAGACCUUUCCGAAUGCUUAACUAGUGAACUGCUUGUCGACGGAAUUGAGGUGUACAACAACGAACUGAUUUAUGCGGAACACGAUCCUGUAUACCUGUUUAUAGUGUUGCACUAUAACUGGACAGUUGGAGUACAAUGUGACAUAAGACAGAACGGAACUGCUAUAGGUGGAUUUCCUAGUAAUGCGACCAGUACAAUAGCUCAUAAUGUCAGUAGUCCCCAAUACCCCGUCAGCGUGUCCUUUUACAAAGAUCAGGACUUCAUCCACGAAAUAGGUAAAGGAAAUCCUUUGCAUGCUCAGAUAGGCUCGCACGUCUACGUCAAGGUGUUUACCACAGCUACUGACUGGAACAUCAGGAUGCGGGUUCACACGUGUUACACAAAACCGACUGAGCACGCACAUGACCAUAUGAAGUACUUCCUUAUAAAGGAUGGGUGUGAAGUUAACACGAACACGCAUAUAAUUUCCCAAUCUACGCAUGCGACUAGAUUUGUGUUCGACAGUUUCGAGUACUCAAAUAGCCACGAAGGAAUCUAUAUGUUUUGUGACGCCCUAUUCUGUGACUCCUCCGACUGGUCGGCCCAGUGUCGUCAAACGUGCAACCCAGUAACAUAAGGGAAUCUUGCAACCUGAAAAUAGAAAACUGAUGGUUACGAAAACAUUUCAUAAUGUAACUGAUUUUAGUUUACUGAUUAUGUGUAUUUAUUUCAAUGUAAAAUUUCUUAUCAUGAUAUAUAGCAGUUAAAGUAGUUCUUUUUAUUCAGACGGAAUGUUACAAUAGCUAUUCAACAUGUUCAGGAAAUGAAAGCUGGUGAAAAGACUUGUGUACAUGCAUUGGAGAGAUUAACAUCACAAAAUCUUUUUGUCUUCCUUUCUGAUGGAGAUUUUACAUUUUGGUAAAUAUAUAUUUUAGAGAUAACUUAUGAACUGAAACAUUCAAACCUCAAGUUUAUCGGAUUUACAAAUUAUUCAACAAUUCUAUUGUUCACAAUUCAGAUUCAUUUUCUUUAAUAUGCUUGUAAAUUUACAAUGAAAACAUGCCUUAAUCAAUAACAUUGUUAUUAAAAUGCAAAUGAUAGGAUUCUAUAAAUAUCUAAAGUGUAUGUAGAUUUGUCUAAAAGGAAAUGUGUAUUCGCUGUUGAUCUACAACCUCGUGUAAAAUUCACUUCUACUUCAUUGUGUCAUUAAAACAGAUGUAAGUAAGCAAGUCUCGUGAUUUAUCCAUCAGUAUAUCAUGACUUUAAGGUAGCGUAUGACGCUUUAUGAUCAACAUUGGAACACGGCUUACAGCUGUUAGGUCCCUAUAGUUUAAAGUUUAAAUGCAUUUUUAUAAACAGUAUCACCUGAUUUUGAAAAAUUAUUUGUUUCAAAUUUAUGAUUUUCGUAUGGUUAAGGGUCACUGCAAAUAAUAUGAGAGUAUAAACUGAAGGUGAAAACAUACAUGAAAUUUUGUAUUAUGGUUCCCUCAAGCAUGGAAUAAUACUUUAUAAACUGCAGUAACACUUUUUAGUACAGGUGUACGCCUUGUUCAAAUCUUGAUGAUAGAUAAGACAUUUUAUUUAACUUUAGAACGUGACCUAUAUCUUUUUGUAAAAAGUCAUGAAGCUACUAACUUCAAAAGUAAUCUAAAGAAGGAAAUUAUGAUGUAUUUAAUGGGGAAGCUAUUCAAAAACUUCGUAAGAUUUUGGAUCAUCAAAUUGCUAAACUUAUAAAAUGUUUCACUAAACGAGGCACAUCGCAUAAUUGUGCCCAGCCUCCUUACUAUUGGUCAUACCCUCACAGGAAGAGUAUGAUACAAACUUACUUUCGGAUAAAACCUGUACAUGUGUAAUGCCCGUUAGCGAUUAAAACA